GCUCCAUCCGAUAGUGUUUUCGCAUCGCUACUCGUUCAUUACGACUGCGAAGCUAGGUCUUGGUCUAUCGGAGUUGUAGUAGCUGCAGCUACAACCAGUUUUCUUGUUCGCGACUCCACUCUCAAUUAUCUUUAUCAUUGAACAAGAUGUCUUCGCUUCGCCGUUGGUUUCAGUUUCUUUCCCUUUGCACGAGUUCUUAUGCCUUGAUGUUCUUUUCAGCGUGUAGUGUUGCUUUCUUGUUCGGCGUAGCCACGCCCUCGACCAGCGCGGCUGCAACAACUCCGCCGUCGGAGAAAGGAGCAAGCACGGCGAAAAGUAAGAACACCAAGGAGAUCAAAACUCCAGUAGUGGAGGACCACACGACCAUCCUGCCCGACCUGGUCGCGCACCUGCGCAACGGCAGAUGGGACAAGGCGCAGCAGGCCGCGCAGCGGGUGCACGCGCUGAAGAAGAACAAGCAGAAGAUUGUGCAGGUGGUGCAGGACAGUGUGGCGGACACGAAGAAAAAGGCCGAUGAGCUCCUGCUCUACCUAAACCGGCAGUUUGCCAUCCCGGACGAGCUGCCCUGCGCGUCCCGGUGGGCGCAGAAUGGCACGCACGUGCUGCUGCAAGUGCGGUUCGGAAAGUCGUGGCAGGGGCACUCCGCCCACUGGGGCCAGCGGUACAGCACGAAGGGCGGCGAGGGCUUGAUCGAGCAGAACGCGCAGGGAAUCCAGGAAUUGUUGAAAAUGGACCUGACUCCGAUCAGCGGCAAGACCAACCACGCCUUCAGUCUAUCCAUCGUGGGGCAGAUCGGCACCAAACGCUACAAGUUCGUGGUGCCCGAAACGGAGCUCUUCGCGGAGGUGCACAGCCGGUUCCGGCACGAGAUAAGCUUUCGCAACGCGAAGGGGUCCAUGCAGAUGAGCCGGGGGGCGCAGCUGCCCGAGCUCAAGCUGUUUUUCCAGAAGAAAUAUGCGUUCGCAAAAGCAUCGUACAACUCGUAGAAAUUGCAGUCAUGCAUGACAAAUCUCUUUCCAAAUACUUAACCUGAAACAGCAUCAUAAAUUCCAUUUUUUUUCUUUCUGAAAUUUGUGAUGCGAUUCAUACGUAGUACGAGCAUGCCUUUGCUGUGCAUAAGACGGUCCGGAACUUCUUCUGGUCCCGCUUCUCCAAGGAGGAGCAUCUCGUCCAAGAAUACCUCGCCUCCACGAGCACCACGACCACCACGACGACGACAAAAAAGAAGAAGCGAAAAGGGAAGCAAACCACCGCCACGACCACCACGACCAAGUCACCGAUGCCGCUACCGGAGUUUUCCAUCGGUCUCCUCGACGUUGUGGAGGACAAUGUGGAGGAGAGCUUGGACCUCAGCGGCAUCACGCCGGACGUGCACCUCGCGCGAAACAGCGGGCCCGUGUGCGCACCUCUAAUCUACUGUCCGAUGACAGACAUGUGUGUGGAGAAGUGCGAGCUGUGUACUAGUACUAGUAGCACAACAAGAACUUCUAGCACGUCGAACAAAGUGUUCCAGGGCGUGUGCGUGCCGAAGGAAAAGCCGAAAGUGGACUGCAGCAAGGCGAGGUUUGUGGAUUGGAACCUGCAGGAAAAGAAGAUCGCUGGCGUUCUCAUGCUCGACGAUGUUUUGGGCCGGGACGACAUUUGGACCUCGAAGAGCGCGGUGGUGCGGGAGGGACAAACAACAAGGAGUUCUAAAGAAUCACAAAAGGUAGAAAAGGCGGUAAAACCAAGCCUCCUCCGUCUGGACACGCACACGCAGCACUUGUCUCGCGAAUGGCUGCUGCAGACGGCGCAGUUCUCGCAAGAACAACUACCUCCGAAGAGCAGUGCGAACAGUGCCACUACAGAAAACGAGCAGAACCGUCUCCACACUGCAUCUUCAGAUGACAGGACCAAAGCCGGUCAUGAAGUUGUUGUACUAGGCCAAGAGCAAGACACUAAGAAACUUCUCGUCCCUCCGUACGUUAGCCGAAUCGGGCUGGAGGUGGAAAAUGUUCCCUUCGUCAGUGUGGAUCUGGAAUUUUUGGAAGACGACCACCGCGUCUCUUGCGAGAGCAUCCCUGUCCACGACCGGCUGGUGAUGCAGCUCGGCAUCGUGGAGCUCAACGCCUUCCACGACGAAAACCCGUUGGCGGACGCGCUGACGGGCAACCUCACCCUGCACGUCUCUGCUAUGGAAGCGUCAGGUUUGAAAUCGUCAAAGUUGAAAGAAUUUGUAAUGCAUAAAAUGCAUGACCCGAGGCGCGUGUGUUGCAGAGCAGGCAAGUGAGGCCGACUGUAAGCCUGUUUGGGGUGACAGCUCGAGCUGCUAAAGUAGCACGAGAAAAUCGCUCUUCUUUGCCUAAACAGCAUGACAAACUGGAUUUAGGGACCGCCGAAAUUUGUCAUGCGCCACUUGAAAACUGGGCUCCAACUAGCAUCCAUUUUAUGCAUGACAAAUUAUUUCAACUUUGUCGAUUUCAACUCUGACACAUCCAUAUCUGACCGAAAAAACACGCACGGUGUUCACGUCUACUUCUCGCGCGGGGGGGCGGACGCCACGAAGAUUGAGCUGCCGGAGCCGGAGAGCUUGUUCAUCUUUGGGGAUAAAGAUGAUGAUGGGGAGAAAAAAAGUGAGCAGGAACAUCAAGCGCUUGAGGCGAAACAGCGGCAAGUCCAAAACAUGCUCCUGCACCCCGAAGCGGCGGCGGCCGUCCGCGAAGACCAGGAGCAGCAAAAUUCUGCGAGGAACUCGGCGGGCGACCAGUCUUCACCUCCCACGUGGCAGUACGCUCCCGGGGGCAUGGAUACCAGCGGGAGUAAUUAUGCGGGGACGAAAAAGGGAGGAAAAAUGAACAACAGUAGCCCAAAAAUUAUGCCCGCGUUGCGAUUCGAGCUCGUCGAUAAUGAAGCUGAUGAGCAAGCAGAUCGUAAAAAUGCUUCUCCUCGCCGUCAGGACGUCCCGCAAGCUUUCAGCUUCUCCGGGGGAAAGGUGUCCUUUGUGUCAGAGGAAACCGACACACGCGGUCUCGGCUCGGCGACGCUCACGUUCCGUCUGGAAAACGUAACCUUCGCGCGGGGUGCGACGCACUGGACGGCUUUGCCGUACCACCGAGACGUCGAGGGCGUGAACGAGCGCUCGGUCGCCUUAACCGACGCGCAGAAACCGAAACGCCUUGCUGCGCUCGUGGUAUAGUGUGGAGUUGAAUUAUGAUGUUGAAGAGGUUUGGCGAUAAUUUAGAUUUUGUGCACGACCAGUUGUAGUUUUCUUUCUUUCAUCUUUAUCCACUCGUGGACGUACUUGUAAUUGUAUGAGUUUCCUUCGAAGUAGUCGUGAAAUCAGAUAGAGUUCAGGAGAUGAAGUUACCUCUCGUCCUCGUCCAGGUAACGGAAGAUGAAUACCUCAUCCCGACCGUGGUCUCCGUCGGCCUGACCCCCGCGUUUCGCGACAACUCCGCCACCGGUGUUGUCGUUUACGAAGCCGUGAACUGUGAGAAGCUUGAGAAGGGGGAGAGCCGGGUGCUGCAGGUAGACAAAGCGGCUAUGGAAAAACGUUGCUUGGACACGAAGGAGGCCGUUAAAGUCCAUUUCGAAGCAGGGAAGGACAAUGACGCGCUGACCGCGGCGCAGAAAAUGUACAGCACGUCGCAAGUCGUCCGCGGCCGGAAACUGACGCAGUCCAGCCACCGGAGCCCGCUGCGGUACGCCGGGCGGGAGGUGGACGGGUUUUUGGUGCACGCACUCAACGACAUUGGAGAGUCGGAGGAUCCGUUCUUCCGCGCCGGAGUGGUGGAUAAAAAGAUGAGUCAGCUGGACCACGGCCGGAAAGACCACCGGGAAGACGAGUUGAAGCGGUACCUGAAGCACGCCGAGUCGUUGUACGUGGAGAAAUCGAAACAUUACGCCAACGCGGAAAGUUUGAUCAACAUGCGCCAGUUGGCGUUGACGGCGGAGCCGGAGCUGGGGCUCUUGCUGGCGGGAUUCACCGAGGAAGAAAACAAGGCCGCUGGUAGGGGCGGGGCAGACGCGUCACAGUCUCACGCAGGUGACCUUUGACAAGAAUAAAGUUCGUGCACGACGAGAAGCAGAAGCACCGCUGUGCGUCAUGCUGCUAGCUUGAAAAAUGCAGUCGAGCAAGGAAGUAAUUCCAAGAAAUGAAACUGUACGGCUACGGCCAUAAUGAUUAUGAUGUGGCUCACCAAACCUAAUAAAAACCUUUCUUUUGCCGAUUCGUCGCAUUCGGAUGAAACGAUGCCGACAUGCUCUGGACCGUCGUUGGGCAGCAGCCUGAUAAGAAUGACAAAUUUUGGUACUUAAGAAGAU